AUGUUGUCCACUUUGCUCGUUAUCGCCUUGUCGUCGUUUGCCAGAGCCGCCACCACCAUCACCCAGGAGUUUGUCGUGGAAGACUCUCCCUCUCCGACGGUCGCGGCGGAAGCCGUCACGGCGUUGGUGACGGGGGUCAACACCGCCUCCCCCGUUGAGCUGCCCAACACCGAAGCAGCCACUGACGACGCUACUCCUAACGUGACGCAAACGUUGGUGACCAUUCAGACGUCGCCCAACCAUGGCGAUGGUGGCGUGGGUGAUGGCCUCCUCGACACUCGCACCGGCCUCGUUACCGGCGUCGGAACUGGUGCCGGUAACUACACGCGCACCGACAUUAUCGGUAACGGCACCCGCACCGACACUGUCGUUACCGACACCGUCAACGGCAACCACACCCGUACCGACAUUAUUGGUGGCGGCGACAGAACCACCGAGACCGACACCAUGCCCGGCACCGAAACCGACACCAGAUUGCCUCCCGGGGCCACCGGUCCCGGCAACGCCACCACCGGCACAGCCACCGGAACCGCCAGACCCAACGGCACCAACGGCACCGCUACCGGCGCCGGUAACUUUGUCUACGGGGCCGACGCCAUGGUGGGAGCGAUCGCCGCCGGCGCCAUUGCUUUGCUUUUGUAA